GUUAUUUCCUCUGUCUAGUCAUUUUUCUCGCAUAGAGUAUCCUUUUUGGUUUAGAUUCCCUUCUUUUUGGUCCAGGGCCACUCCUGUCCUCUGGAGCCUGCGAGAUUUCAUACUGCCAACAUAUACACCGGUUUUACGAGGUAUCAGGCUGCAGCCGGUGUUACGCAACUCCAACGAUGGCCAAAACCCCAGAGAACUACUGCUUGCUGCAAGGUUUCGAGUGGAACGUGCCGGCAGACCAAAAACACUGGAUCCGACUACGAACCGCACUGCAGAGCCUCAAGGACAUCGGCAUCGACAACGUCUGGCUCCCGCCGGCCUGUAAAGGCCAAGGCGGGUCGCAGGCCAACGGCUACGACAUCUACGAUCUCUACGACGUGGGCGAAUUCGACCAAAAGGGAGGCAAGCCGACGAAAUGGGGCCCGCGCUCCGACCUCGACGCGUUGGUGGCGCACGCCCAGGACGUCGGUGUCGGCCUGUACUUUGACGCGGUGCUGAACCACAAGGCCGGGGCGGACCGGCAGGAGAAGUGCCGCGUGAUCGAAGUCGACCAGGGCGACCGGACCCAGGAGGUCGGCGAGCCGUUUGAGAUUUCGGCGUGGUUGGGCUUCGACUUCCCCGGCCGAGGGGACACGUACUCGUCCCAAAAGUACCACUGGGAGCACUUCUCGGGGACCGACUACGACGCCGGGGCGGAGCGCACGGGCAUCUUCCGCAUCCUCGGCGACAACAAGCACUGGUCGCACUCGGUGGGCGACGAGGACGGCAACGCCGACUUCCUCAUGUUCGCCGACGUCGACUACUCGCACCCCGAGGUCGAGCGGGACGUCACGCACUGGGGCGAGUGGGUGGUGCGCGAGUUCAAGCUCGCCGGCUUCCGCUUCGACGCGUGCCAGCACUUCAGCGAGCGCUUCACCAACGAGUUCGUCGCCAACCUGGAGCGCCGGUUCGGGAAGAACUCACUCUUCCUCGUCGGCGAGUUCUGGUCCGGCGACGUCGACGAGAUGCUCAAGUACCUCGACGAUAUGGACCACAAGUUCUCCCUGUACGACUCGCCGCUGCUGAACACGUUUUCGCGCCUGUCCACGACCGAGUCGGCCGACCUGCGCGGGGUCUUUGACGGGAGCCUGGCCCAGGCCCGGCCCGAGAGCGCCGUCACCGUGGUCAUGAACCACGACACCCAGCCCGGACAGACGGUCGCGACGCGCAUCGAGGGCUUCUUCAAGCCCAUUGCCUACGCGCUGAUCCUGCUGCGGAACACGGGCUACCCGUGUGUGUUUUACGGGGAUCUGUACGGGAUGAAGGGCGACCACGAGGAGCCGCCGUCGUGCGGUGAUAGACUGCCUCACCUGGUGCUGGCGAGGAAGCUGUUCGCGUACGGCGAGCAGGAUGACUACUUUGACGACGCGAAUUGUCUGGGCUUUGUGCGCCGGGGGACAGAGGACAGGCCGGCGGGGUUGGCGUGUGUCUUGUCCAAUGCCGGCCCAGGCCAGAAGCGCAUGUUCGUGGGCAAAGAGCACAAGGGAGAGGUGUGGACGGAUGUGCUGGGCUGGCAGACUGACGAGGUCACGAUUGACGACGAAGGACUCGGCGGCUUCAUGUGUCCUGGAACCAGCGUGAGUGUGUGGGUGAAUCGAGGCGCCGAGGGCAGGGACAAGAUUGAUCAUCUAGAGUUUGAUUCUGACAUCUACAGCAUCGCGUGAAAGGAGAAGACAAAGACCUGAAUAGAUUAUUAGACAAAAGAGUGUGGGGU